CGGGAGCAGUGAUGUUGGGCAGCUCCGCGCCAGGGCCUGCGGCCCGCGAGGCAGGCUCGGCGCUGUUAACAUUGCAGCAGACGGCGCUCCAGGAGGACCAGGAGAACAUCAACCCCGAGAAGGCGGCGCCCACCCAGCAGUCCCGGACCCGCGCUGGGCUGGCGGUACUGAAGGCCGGGAACUCGCGGGGACCAGCGCCGCAGCAGAGGCCUAAGACGCGACGGGUUGCACCUCUUAAGGAUCUUCCUAUAAAUGAUGAGCAUGUCACCGUUCCUACCUGGAAAGCAAACAGUCAACAACCUGCAUUUACCAUUCAUGUGGAUGAAGCAGAAGAAGAGACUCAAAAGAGGCCAGUUGAAUCUAAAAAACCAGAAAGUGAAGAUGUUUUGGCUUUUAAUUCAGCUGUUACUUUACCAGGACCGAGAAAACCACUGGCACCUCUUGAUUACCCAAUGGAUGGUAGUUUUGAGUCACCACAUACUAUGGAUAUGUCAAUUGUACUGGAAGAUGAAAAGCCAGUGAGUGUUAAUGAAGUACCAGACUACCAUGAGGACAUUCACACAUACCUUAGGGAAAUGGAGGUUAAAUGUAAGCCUAAAGUGGGUUACAUGAAGAAACAGCCAGACAUUACUAACAGUAUGAGGGCUAUCCUCGUGGACUGGUUAGUUGAAGUAGGAGAAGAAUAUAAACUACAGAAUGAGACCCUGCAUUUGGCUGUGAACUACAUUGAUAGGUUUCUUUCAUCGAUGUCUGUUUUGAGAGGAAAACUUCAGCUUGUGGGCACUGCUGCUAUGCUGUUAGCCUCAAAGUUUGAAGAAAUAUACCCCCCAGAAGUAGCAGAGUUUGUAUACAUUACAGAUGACACUUAUACCAAGAAACAAGUUCUGAGAAUGGAGCACCUAGUUUUGAAAGUCCUUGCUUUUGACUUAGCUGCACCAACAAUAAAUCAGUUUCUUACCCAGUACUUUCUGCACCAGCAGUCUGCAAACUGCAAAGUUGAAAGUUUAGCAAUGUUUUUGGGAGAAUUAAGUUUGAUAGAUGCUGACCCAUAUCUAAAGUAUUUGCCAUCAGUUACCGCCGCAGCAGCCUUUCAUUUAGCACUCUACACUGUCACGGGACAAAGCUGGCCUGAAUCAUUAGUACAAAAGACUGGAUAUACGCUGGAAACUCUAAAGCCUUGUCUCAUGGACCUUCACCAGACCUACCUCAGAGCUCCGCGGCAUGCACAACAGUCAAUAAGAGAAAAGUACAAAAACUCAAAGUAUCAUGGUGUUUCUCUCCUCAACCCACCCGAGACACUAAAUGUGUAACGGUGAAAGACUGCCUUUGUUUUCUAGGAUGUAAAUCACUCAAAGUAUAUGGUGUACAGAUUUUAUCUUAGGUUUUAAUUUUACAAUCAUUUCUGAAUACGGAAGUUAUGGUCAAGUACAAAUUAUGGUAUCUAUUACUUUUUAAAGGUUUUAAUUUGUAUAUCUUUUGUACAUGUAACUAUCUUAGAUAUUUGGCUAAUUUUAAGUGGUUUUUGUUAAAGUAUUAAUGAUGCCAGCUGUCAGGAUAAUAAGAAAUAAAUUGAUUUGGAAAAUUUGGUUUGUAAGUCAAAUUUAAUUUGAGGCAAAAAUUUGACUUCAGGAUUUCACUUAGAAAAAUUAAUUUGGUUUAUUAAAGCAUGGGGACAGGGAAGGCUUCUCCUUCCAACACACAGGUGAUGACAUUCACCUCCCUAAGGAACUGGGCCAACUGUCUGACUUGGGCAUAAUCUAAGAAGACUCUUUCAGGUCUUUGUACACACUAUGAAAAUGCUUUUCAUUCAUCGACUUUUACUACACUUGACCUACCAAAGUGACAGUUAUUUAAAACCUGUUUUAAAGAGUCCUCCAGACGUUUAUUUUAAAGCAUAAUGUAAAAACUGUAUAAAGAACUAGAUUCUGUAAUGGGUUUGUGAAUAAUACCCAAGGUUGUUAGCACUGAAUAAAUACCUUUUUAAUAGUUAUAUACACAAAUAUACAACUAUGUGAACUUUAAUUAGCAGCUCUCUUCUUUUUUCUCUUUUUCACUGGCUUUUUACUUGGUGCUUUUACUUGUGUUGCACUGAUGGUCUGUGUUCUGUGAACAAAGUAAAUUAACAAGUUUUAACAGUAUUAGUACUAGGAGCUUACUUUUGCCACCUACGACAGAAGAAUACUGUAACCUUGAAAGGCAUCCAAGCAGUUUUACAGACCUAAUUCUAUAAAUCUCAGGUUGAAGAAACCCAGAGAGCAAGCUUCUAAAAAGUCUUGAGUAUAUGUAUACAUUUGAAAUAAACCAGAAAUUUGUUACCUUAUUUUCUUCGGAUUCUUAUCUGGUUCUAAAAUGAUCAUUUC